AUAAUCGACUGAUAAUCCGAGAUAACGAAUUUCAUCAAUUCAUAAACAUUUCACUGGGGUGACAAACUGUAGAAAUAGUUUUGCAAUAACGUAAAAUUUAACGAACCUUUUCAUUCUAAAAAUUGAAGCUUUCUAACACACAAUAAAAGCGUACAUAUUAACUUUCUCACAAACUCACUGGUCGAGCGAACCUGCUCGCCAGUUGUGCCGUGUAUUUUCAUGGUGAUAACGGGCUCGGCGUUUGCUCUUUAAUGUAUAUAGAGGCGCGGAAAAGACUCGGCGAGCAUGCGCCGUGUAUUAUUAAAUUCUCCUUCGCGAGGACAAAUUGCAUGUAGGGGUGGCGCGAGUCGCCGAUGGUCAGUACAAGGUGUCUUGCCUUCAAACGCUCCGUAUGAUGGCAAACAACAAUAAAUUAGGUUUCGACGAAUCAGUCGGUGUGACGCGCUGGACUAUGAACGUAAUUGGUCUUUGGACACUCGACGAGAGACGAGAUUUGCAGACUCGUUUUCGCUCUCUACUGCCUGCGUUUCUUAUUUUAUUUUUCAUAGUCAUUCCGCAAACGCGAAAAGCCACACUCGCACACGAUGAUCUGAAUCUCAUGCUCGAAAUAUUGACGACGGCUGACAUAAUCGAGGGAAUAUGUUUGCUCAAAAUUUUCGGAUUGUGGUACAACAAAGCCGAUCUGAAAAAACUAGUCAUCCAAAUCUCCGAAGAUUGGACUCACACGAACAAUGACGAACAGGGCAUAAUGUGGUCGAACGCUCGUCUCAGCAAGUUCGUAUGCCUUUUCUGCAUUUCCUCGAGCAGCGGCUCCGUGCUCACCCACGCUAUUGUUUUUCUGGUUACGAACGUCGGUGCUAACGAGACUAGGUCGCUUUUUCUCAUAUCGCAGUUUCCCUUCAAUACACAGCACAGCCCUGUCUAUGAGAUCGUCUGCUUCUGCCAAUUCGCUGGAGCAUUACUCAGCACUUUUAUCUUUUCAUCGUUUGACGGCUUCUUCGUGUUUUCGAUAUUGCACUUCAGCAGCCAGCUGUCUAAUUUGAAUAUUAGAAUACGGAGCUUGACUGAGAAGACUUCUGGCGACAAGUGCCAGUUCGUGGAAAGUCUUAAAUCUGUGGUGAAGCAUCAUCAGCAUCUGAUAAGUUAUACAGACAUUAUUGAAUACAACUUCAACAAAAUAUUUCUCGUGCAAAUAUUUGCCACCUCUAUUGUGCUUUGCUUGCAAGGAUAUCAGUUUGUUAUGAUCAUUUCCGAGAGUGGUACAAAAUUGCUGACGAGUUUGAUCUUUAUUCUUGUAUUUACGACGGGUAACGUUCUUAGCCUUUUUAUGUACUGCUACAUCGCAGAAAUAAUACGUAACGAGAGUCAAAGGUUGUUACGUGCAGUAUAUGAAAUGAAAUGGUAUACAUUACCAGCCAAGGAUUCAUGCUUAUUACUGAUUGUUAUGUGUCGAUUGAAGAUGCCAGUGGAAAUUACCGUUGGGAAAUUCGCACCUUUUUCUUUGGAAUAUUUUGCUAGUGCAAGUUCAGCGUUUGAUGAAGAAUAUUUCUACCCUCAGAAAUAAGAUUAAUGAUUGAAGAAUGAAUUGGCUACUCAAGAUAAAAGACUAACGAAGAAAACAUAUCUAAGUAUUAAAAAAUGUAAUAACUAUCAAC